UUAUUAUUAUUAGGGAGAGAGGAGAGAAGUCGGCGCCGCAAAGGCCUCUUCUCCGCCUCGACGUCCGCGCGCUGUUCCCCACUACCCCCGGCGCGAAGCGAGACAAGGCGGCGACGAAGAGAGCCACCCCUCCUCAGAGGAUGGUCACCACGGGUGCGCCGGAGGACGUUGCGCUGCCACCUUCCGCGCCCAAGGGGCCCAAAGGAGAGGCGGAGAGGAAACAGAGCGACGCACAGGGAAGAGGAGGAAACGGCGGCGGCGGUGAAGGUGGCGGGGGUGGAGGUAGAGGGAAGAAGCGGAAGAACAAGGAGGUUUUCAUCUACGGGAACUACAGGAACUACUACGGCUACCGAAUUGAUCGCAACGUUGGUGAAGAUCCCCGCCUUGAGAUAUUCAAGAAGGAGUGGUUUGCAGGCAAGGAUUGUCUCGAUAUUGGAUGCAACCAAGGUUUGGUCACAAUCGGUCUAGCGAUGAAGUUUGAGUGUCGAAGCAUCCUGGGAGUUGACAUCGAUAAAGGUUUGAUUGAAACUGCUAACUGGAAUUUAAGAAGGAUAUCUCGAACAGGCAACGUGGCUCCGGAAAGUGCAAAGGUUCAUAACUCGUCAGACUCCACAACUCAGAGCUGUCGAGAAGAAGUGGUAUCUGAGAUGCGAAAUGGAAAUAUCUCUAAGCACGAACAACCUGAUCUUUUUAAAAUUGUCUCUUUUCGGUCUGAAAAUUUUGUACAGAGCACACACAGAUAUGCAGAACAGUAUGACACCAUCAUGUGUUUGAGCGUGACAAAAUGGAUCCACCUGAACUGGGGUGAUGAUGGUAUAACCACUUUGUUUGUGAAGAUAUGGAGUCUUCUAAGACCGGGAGGGAUUUUUAUCAUGGAACCUCAACCUUGGAGCUCGUAUAGGAAAAACAGAUUAGUGUCAGAGGUUGCCAAAGAAAACUUCAAUGAUAUCUGUAUAUAUCCUGAGAAAUUCCGGGAGAUACUUCUGGACAAGGUAGGAUUCAGGUCAGCAGAGGUGAUUACCAACAGAUUGGUUGGUUCUGUUGCUGGUUUUGACCGCCCAAUUGAAGUUUACCACAAAUGAUGGAAUGAGAUUGGUGCUUGCUCUUGCUCAGAGGCUCAUGUGGUGCUUCGGGUGCAUAAGUUUGGUGCUGUGGGAUUGCCCAGAGGCUCAUGUGAUGCUUGGGGUGCAUACGUUUG